AUGAUUAAGAAUCAUGCUGAUUCAAACAAACCAAUUUCAUGUAUCAUAAACAACCCUUUCCUUCCAUGGAUAAUUGUAAGUCAAAUAGAGCCACUUACGGAGCAACAAAUACUUGGAAUAUGUGGGUUGCAACAAUCAACACAAGAAGCAGAAGAAGCACUUUCACAAGGGCUUGAUGCACUUAACCAAUCUCUUUCAGAGACUAUAACAUCAGACUCUUUAAGCUGUCCUCCUAAUAUGGCUAACUACAUGGGACAAAUGGCUCUUGCCAUCAACAAGCUCUCUACUCUUGAAACUUUUGUCAGACAGGCAGAUAAUCUGAGGCAUCAAACAAUUCAUCGUCUGCAUCAGCUGUUAACAACUCGUCAAGCUGCAAGGUGUUUCGUUGCAAUGUCUGAGUAUUUCCAUCGUCUUCGAGCAUUGAGUUCUCUCUGGUUGACCCGCCCUCGCCAAGAAUAGUGUGUGAGUGUGCGUGUGUGUGUGGUAGAAUUAGUAAUGGAUCAGGAUUUCCAGUUGGAAUUAACCGUAUGAAAUGUA